CCGCCUCCAGAGGAGCCCCCGCAGACGCCAUACUAAAAGCCAAAAUGGCUGCCCCAAGGAAGCCCGCACCGCGCAGCUAGUGAGGGUUUGGGAACAAGAUUCUGCGGGAAAGGGGGAGGAAGACUCUAACAGGAACCGUGGCCAGGACCAACGCCCCCGAGCCGCACAGCUUCUAGUUACAGCCACCCCUUGCUAUAACUUCUGACCUACGUUUGGAAAAACACUGGCCAGGGGAAAAAAUGAUAAAAUUUUUCCUCAUGGUGAAUAAGCAAGGGCAGACCCGACUUUCUAAGUACUACGAACAUGUGGAGAUUAAUAAGCGUACACUUCUAGAAACAGAAGUCAUAAAGAGCUGUCUCUCUCGAUCCAAUGAACAAUGUUCUUUCAUUGAAUAUAAGGAUUUUAAGCUGAUAUAUCGGCAGUAUGCUGCUCUCUUCAUCGUGGUUGGAGUUAAUGACACUGAGAACGAGAUGGCGAUUUAUGAAUUUAUCCAUAACUUUGUGGAAGUUUUAGAUGAGUACUUCAGCCGAGUGAGUGAAUUAGAUAUAAUGUUUAAUUUGGAUAAAGUAUACAUCAUUUUGGAUGAGAUGGUGUUGAACGGCUGCAUUGUGGAAACGAACCGGGCAAGAAUUCUUGCCCCUCUGCUAAUUCUUGAUAAGAUGUCAGAAAGCUGAAGAAGUGGGAGGUGCAGGCCUCGGACACAGGAAAUGGGAACAUGGAAUGCCUUUCAACAUCUGCAACCCCAAAGACUCUGGAAGAGCACACACUGCAAAAUGGAGUAUCCUUCCAAAGACCUUUUAAGUAAGGUGUUUUUCACAAUUCCUAAAUGGAAAACAAAACUCUGUU